AUGAGGGCUCAACCGUCCCUGGAAGAUUCGCUGCUACGAGCAUUGGAAGAUGAGGGGCAGUAUGGUGUUGCUCCAGAAGAGCAUCCAGUGCCCACUGAGGUGAUUUCGCGACGACAUCAUUUUGACGAUCACCAAACUUGUGUUUCUUCUGUUACUGAUGCUCUACAGGAUGCCGACCUCUUCGUGAAUCGCAUGUAUCCUACUUUAAAUGAAGUCCCCGAGGAGGAAAUAAAGCCCGAUUUGCUGGUGCCGAGCGUUGCUGAGAGUAUCACCGAAGAGCCAGAUAACCCAAAUGAAGAAAAAAUUGGAACACUUCCCGAGGAAGUUGCAACUGUCGAUGCUGCGAAAAGACCUUGGGGUAGAUUUUCUGUUCCAAUCUAUGAUUGCACCGCCAAAAGCAAGGAAACGCCCGCCAGUACAAAGACAGAAAGUGAACUUGAAACCAGAUUCAACGGGAUCCUUGAAGUCGCCAAGGAUCCCUUCAGCAGCAAGGAAACGCCUACCAAACCAACGACAGCAAGUGAACCUAAGCAAGCUGAUGAUGCCCAUGAUCUUGAAACUGGAUUAAACGGGAUCCUUGAAGUAGCCAAGGGAGGGCAGCUGCAACCAGCUCAACGGGAAAUCCCAGAAGAAUCCAGAUUCUCUUUUGUACUCUCAACUCCGAUAGAUACUGAUCUUCAAGAGGCAUCAACUUCUCCAGUUGAUCCUCAGCUUACUGUGCUGAAUCGUACAACACCGCACAGUCAUAUGACGGAUACAUUGCCAGGAGCAUAUGCACAACCUGGACCAGGUUUCUCUGACAGAAGCAGUUCUGAGGAAUUUGAUUCCAACAUUGCAAUGAAUGCAACAUCACCUGAGAAUAUGAAUGGAUUGGCCAUAGCAAAUCCGGUCGAGGACAAUGAUUUCCCUACUGCAUUGCCACAUGAACAUGAAAAUGAUGUGGCUGCUAGACAGAGGGCAAACGAAACAAAGCAAUUCAAGACAAAAGUACUUCUUGGAGUUAUCUUCAUGAUUGCCAUCAUCCUCCUCUUCAUGGUUACUCUUCUGACUCCAACGGGCAGCCAACCUUCAGUUCUUGAUGCAGUUCUAACAACAGAAACUGCUGAAGAAAUAGAAGUUCCCACCAGCAACCCUUCCCAAGCACCCACAUCAAUAUCUACUUCUACUCUCAAGCUGUUCCCAAUGAACACCACUGCCAAGAUUCUGGAGGACCCAGAUUCCCCCCAGGCAAGAGCAUUUGAUUGGCUCAUGGAGGAAGGGGACAAGUUGGAGUCCCUUUCUGAGGACCGCAUCAUUCAGAAGCUUGCCCUUGUAACACUAUUCUUUUCUACAAGUGGCGAUCUAUGGGCUAACAGUACUUCCUGGCUCAAUCACAGUGUCCAUGAAUGUGAAUGGCACACUGGCUCACAUUUUGCCAUGAUGGAUCUAUAUGCUUUAUUGUAUCCUGGGUAUCUGAGAGACUUUUUCCCAUCUGAUGAGGCACCACCAACAACCUGUAACGAUGACGGUAUCUAUCAACAUCUUUGGUUGGACAGCAAUGGGUUGGCCGGUUCACUCCCUGAUGAGCUCUAUCUUUUGACAUCGUUGAAGACCAUGUCCUUUGCAUUCCACCAGUUACAAGGAUCCAUCUCAAGUUACAUUGGACAGCUUAGCUCAUUGGAAGGCCUGGCUUAUAGUUAUGCCAAGGAUGGCAGUAUUCCAACUGCUAUUGGUCAUCUUGAAAGCUUGAGAUGGUUGCUGCUUUUGUUUUCGGAUCUCACAGGUACAAUCCCCACAGAAAUCAGUCAAGCAACCAAUCUAGAAUGGUUGACCUUGUGGGAGACUUCUCUGUCAGGAACACUGCCGGUCGAGUUGAUGCAGCUAUCCAAGCUAGAGUCACUAUCAAUGUUUGAUAACUCUCUCCAGGGCAGAAUCCCUUCAGAGCUAGGUCAAAUCUCAAGUCUUACAUUGUUGUCAGCCUGGGGCAACCAGCUCACUGGCCCUCUGCCAAGCGAACUGGGUCUCCUUACAAACUUGGCGGUUACUCUUAACAUCAUGGAAAAUCAGCUGUCAGGAACCAUCCCUACAGAGCUUGGGCUGCUAUCAGGACUUGUCGAGUUAGAAUUCAGUGGUAAUCAAUUCACUGGGCAGAUUCCUAGUGAAUUGGGUGAACUCAAGUCAAUUGGCCGCUUAACCUUUGCCAACAAUUCUUUCUCCGGGACUCUUCCUCAAGAAUUGACAGCUCUCCACCAAUCUAUGCAUACCAUAAGCUUGGAAGGCAAUCCUUUGCUCUCUGGAUCCAUCCCUGAAGAUGUCUGCAACACCAAUGUCACCUGCAUUGGAACCCCACUUGAUCCUUGCAGAGGCCCCUAUGGGUUGUCAUUUGACUGCUCCAGGUUGCUUUGUGGUUGUGAGUGUCCCUGUGUGGAGGAGUGA